CCGCCACGCUUCCUUAGCGGGGAGCCGCGGGACUCAGACUUGACCAGCCCACUCCGUCUCUCGACCCGAAAAGACGCCAAAGACGUGCUCUCCCGCCGCCAGGCUGCCCCGGUUUACCUGCUCGCCCACCUACGCGCCGCGCGCGGCGGGCUUGCGGCAUGACCCUGUGGAACGGCGUGCUGCCUUUUUACCCGCAGCCCCGGCAUGCCGCCGGCUUCUGCGUCCCGCUGCUUAUCGUCAUUCUGGUGUUCUUGGCCUUGGCCGCCAGUUUUCUGCUCAUCUUGCCUGGGAUCCGAGGCCACUCGCGCUGGUUCUGGUUGGUGAGAGUUCUUCUCAGUCUGUUCAUAGGCGCAGAAAUUGUAGCGGUGCACUUCAGUGCAGAAUGGUUCGUGGGUACAGUGAACACCAGCACAUCCUACAAAGCCUUCAGUGCCGAGCGCAUUAGAGCACACGUCGGUCUGCGCGUGGGCCUGGCGGGCGUUAACAUUACACUCACAGGGACCCCAGUGCAUCAGCUGAACGAGACCAUUGAUUACAAUGAGCAGUUCACCUGGCGCCUGCACGAGGACUUCGCCGCCGAGUACGCGGGCGCACUGGAGAAGGGGUUGCCGGACCCGCUGCUCUACCUGGCGGAGAAGUUCACGCCGAGCAGCCCUUGCGGGCUGUACUACCAGUACCACCUGGCGGGACACUAUGCCUCGGCCACGCUGUGGUGAGCGCUGGAGGGAAGGGCGUGCGUGCGUGCGUGCGUGCGUUCGUGUGUGUGUGUGUGUGUGUGUGCGCGCGCGCGCGCGGGCGUGGGAAAGGGAGGGUGGAGGCCUCCGAGGUGAUCUGCCACUACAGCGCGAACCGCUCGCGCGGAGACUUCUAGCCUCGCGGGGCAGAAGGCCACGAGAUCCGCACAGACAGACGGAACCCCGAGACACCCAGCAACCGCCCUCCGCUUCCCGCUCGGAGGAUCCCCGGCGCCUCCGCCAUCCCCGCUUCCGCGCUGGGGCGGGGACGCAGGGGAUCGAGGCUCUGGGAACCCCGACCGACCGACUGGGAGAACUCAGCUCACGGCUGGCGGGCCCCCCUCCCACCCCCGCAGGGUGGCGUUCUGCUUCUGGCUGCUCUCCAACGUGCUGCUCUCCAUGCCGGCCCCGCUGUACGGAGGCUUGGCGCUGCUGGCCACCGGCGCCUUCGCGCUCUUCGCCGUCUUUGCCUUCGCCUCGGUCUCCAGCGUGCGGCUCUGCCCGCUCCGCCUGGGCGCCGCCGCGCUCACCGCCCACUACGGCGCCGCCUUUUGGGUCACGCUGGCCACCGGGAUCUUGUGCCUCCUCCUCGGAGGGGCCGUGGUGAGUCUCCACUACGCUCAGCCCAGCGCUCUUCGAGCCUUUCUGGACCAAAGCCUGAAGGACAGCAGUAGCCAGGGGAGAGAGGGCUCGCCUCUCGUCCUGAAGAACCCGCUGCACAAGCAGUCCGGACUCCCGGACUUAAAGAUCACCACUCACCUGUGAUGGGGACCCGACUCCGGAACCCUUCCCCGCCCUGGCACCCCGCAGGCCAGGAAGCAGUGCCCCUGGCCCGCUCUGGGAGGGCACUGCGCUGCUGCCCGGGGAGAAUGGAGAAUGGCCGGGCGGCCUCUGACCUGCGGCAGGCACCAGGGAAAGUCCCCUGGGGCGAGAUGUAAAUAAAGUUUUUUUUUUCUUUUUUUUUUUAA